CGCGUUCAUGAUAACGGUGGCGACAGCACUUGAUUUAUCCACGUUCAGGGGUCGACGGACGGAGUCGGCACCGGCUCCUGCUCGUCUCCACCGGCUCGGUCCCUGCAGACACAUAUUUCCAACCGGCGCCGCUUUAGUGUGACAAACAUAUUGGUCUUUAAAGAGCCUGAAGAAGAAAGAAGUUCUGCUCUUAUCCUUCUUCUUUCAGAGGUGUGUGUGUGCGUGUGUGUGCGAUGUUGUUCUGCAGCACUCGCGGUGGAGACCGGGGGUGGGACUUCCGUGAUGUGCUGUUCUCGGGCUACGCUCCGGACGGUGGGAUGUUCAUGCCGGAGAGCGUUCCCGUCUUGAGCGCCGCCACCCUGAGGAGCUGGAGGUCGCUGAGCUACACCCAGCUGGUGGUGGAGGUCGCCUCGCUCUUCAUCCCCACCCGGCUCGUCCCCAGACGGGACCUGGAGGUGCUGGUGGCUGAAGCUCUGUCCGGGUUCUCGGUCCCGGAGGUGGUCCGAGUCGCUCGGCUGAAGGACGGACUCUCGGUGCUCGAGCUCUUUCACGGAGAGACGUUGGCCUUCAAGGACCUGGCCAUGAGCUGCACGGUGCGGCUGCUCGACUACUUCCUGCAGAGAGAGCGACGCACGGCCACCGUCCUCGUGGGCACGUCCGGUGACACCGGCGGCUCGGCCAUCCACAGCGCCAAAGGUCUGUCGGGGCUGGACGUGGUGGUGGUUUACCCCCGAGGACGCAUCACCUCGGUCCAGGAGAAACACAUGACCACCGUCCUGCAGGACAACGUGCACGUGUUCGCAGCCGAUGGCAGCUCAGACGACAUCGACCGGCCUCUGCGGCGGCUGUUCGCCGACACGGAGCUGGUCGAGUCUCACGGCCUCAUGAGCCUCAACUCGGUCAACUGGUCCAGAAUCAUGGUCCAGCUCGCUCACUUCGUCUACGCCUACCUGGAGCUCAGUGGCGUGGAGCAGGGAGAGGCCGGCACCGCCUUACCUGAGCUGGAGGUGGUGGUGCCCACCGGCGGGGCGGGAAACAUUGCAGCCGGCGUCAUCGUCCAGCUCAUGGGUUUACCCCUGAAGCUGGUUGCCAUGGUGAACUCUAACGACAUAGUUCACCGCACGGUGACCUACGGUGAUUUCUCCAUGGCUGCGGAGGUCACACAGACGCUGGCCCCCGCCAUCGACAUCCAGGACCCGUACAACAUGGAGCGAGUCUUCUGGCUGCUGCUCGACAAAGACGGAGCCGCGGUGAAGAACAUGAUGGAAGAGUUUCAACACACACGUCGACACACUCUGCCUGAGAAGCACCGCAAGCUGCUGUCGCAGGUUCUGACGGCGGGAUCGGUGACGGACGACGAGAUCCUGGAGACCAUGAGGAAAUGCUGGGAGGAGAACCAGUACGUUCUGUGUCCUCAUACCGCUGUGGCCGUGUGGCGUCACUACCACUGUCCUCCAGACCCAGAGGUCAACAGGUGUUACAUCGCGACGGCGUCUCCAGCCAAGUUUCAGGUCGCGGUGCAGAGGGCCGGCCUGACCUUUGACCUGCCUGAGGCGGUGCAGGCUCUGGACGGGUUGGCCACUCGAUGCCAGAACCUGGACCGCAGCCCGGACUGGUGUGGAGAUUGGGAGACAAGACUGAGGGAGAAGAUCCAGUCGGUGAGCUCGUCCAGGGAUCGCAGAGGGAACUUAAACUCCAGCUGAUGAUGAAGAAUCCUGAGACGGGUCAGGUGACUGGUCAGGUGGGGGGUCAGGUGACUCGGCAGCUCAUCCUCAAUCUCUGCUCCUUCUUAUCUGGAUUCAGUAAAUGAUCUAGGCAAA